AUAAUCUGAAUGAUAAAUCCAUGAACGAAAAAUGGACAGUUUGAUUCUCAAUAGUUCACCAGUGCGGAUCUGCCCUUACAAAUAUCUUUAUUUCCAUAUUAUAUAUAAUCCUUUGAGUGCAGUUAAAAUGAUAUACGUAUAUUUAACAUUUUAUAGUGCUUGUCAUAAACAUGUGAGAGCUAAUCGGAUAACAAGGGACUUUCGUUAAUAGCUCUUUUUUAAGAAAUUCUUAUAAAAAUGUGCUGAUAUUCUUUAUUGUGAUACUAAUUUUAAAGUACCUAUUAUUUUAUAUUUUUAUAAGUUAAUUAGUGCUAGUUUAUUUGUGUUUAAUUUAAUGGAACUGUGACGAGUGUAUUCACAAUGGGAAAAAGAGGAAUUUCGCCAUUUUUGAAACAAUGUUUCGUGACGGCGGCUGUGGGCAGCAACAUCAUCGGUCACGGCUGCGUCAUCGGCUACCCCGCCAUCCUGCUGCCGCAGCUGUUGGUGCCAAACUCCGAGAUACCCAUGACCAGCACUGCUGCAUCAUGGCUAGCAUCAGUAUUAGGAGUGACCCAGUUGCUGGGCAGCUUCGUCACGCCCCCCAUCAUGGAGCGAUUCGGCAGGAGGACCGCGCACCUCGCCGUCACCAUGCCGGUUCUCAUCGGCUGGUUUAUUACCAUGAUGGCUACUACUUAUGAGCCUUUACUUGUGGGAAGAAUACUUCAAGGUCUGUCGAUUGGCAUGCUCUCACCACUACGAUCAAUCCUGAUUGGGGAGUACGCCAGUCCCAAGAACAGAGGGGCUUUCCUCACGACUGUCUCCUUAACACAGGCAUUUGGUAUUCUCUUCGUGCACGUGGUAGGCUCCAUCCUCAGCUGGCAGAAGACUGCGCUGAUCUGCGUGUUCUUCUCAUUCUUCAGCCUCGUCAUGACCCUCUACUCCCCUGAAUCUCCCAGCUAGCUCGUCGCCAGAGGACGAUACGACGAAUGUCGUGAGGUCUUCCAUUGGCUUAGAGGAGACGACGAGAAUGAUGAACUAGAAGAAAUGAUAAAUGCCAGAAUGAUGUUCGAAAAGGCUAAGCAGGAGCAAAAGCAGGGCAAAGCACCCAACCGAGUGAAGUCAGCCAUGGCGACUAUACAGAAGAAAGAGUUCUACAAACCCAUCAUAAUAAUGAUACACGCGUAUGUGAUGGUGCAGUUCGCUGGAGGCACCACCAUGGCGGCUUACUCUACCACUAUAAUAACUUUGAUCAUGGGCCCCAAUGUAAACCCACACUUCUGGAUGAUAUUUUUGGACACGCAGAGGUUUAUCUCCAAUACUGUAGCAGUAUUCUUAAUUAACAAGAUAAAGAGGCGGACUAUGAUGUUCCUGACUGGCGGGCUGUGCGUUGUGAGCCAGUUAGCCAUAGCCUCCUACACUUACUUGAAGCAGGAGGGCAUCCUAACUUAUGAUGCGGUGUGGAUACCAGCUCUGCUGAUCAACCUGCAGUUCUUUACUGUAGCAACUGGUAUGCUGCCGUUACCAAACGUGAUAGGGGGAGAAGUAUUCCCCUUAGAAUACAGAAGCAUUGGAGGGAGCAUCAGUUUAGCGACGAUGUCAGCUUCCUUCUUCAUCGUGCUCAAAACAUUUUUAGGAUUAGUAGAAAGCAUAGGAAUAUAUGGAACGUACUGUUUGUACGCAUGUCUUCUCACAUACUGUUUACUGGUGAUCUCAUUCCUGCUGCCGGAGACGAAAGGGAAGACUUUACAACAGAUCGAAGACGAGUUCCGAGGCAGGCCGCUGGCGCCUCGGGAGAUUGAAGAGAGGAUGGUGUUCCAGUCCUGUCCAGUGCUCACCUAUAAGAGGGAAAUGUCUGCCAGGAGGUGCAGCACACCGUUGUUACAUUAGGUUAUUUAAUUUCUAAGUUAUUGACAUUUGUUUACGCUUUGAUGAUGUUGUGAGUGAUAAUAUAUGGAUGACAAAGUUUA